AUGCCCCACAUCGCAACAGGACGUGGAGGCUGUGAUCCCCGCACUGGCACAACUGAUACCGGCGCAGACUGGGCCCUGGGAGGCCCUGGGUCGGCAGCACGUUGGGCACGUAUCCUAUUUAUCUCUUCGACUUCGAGACCCGUUGACAAUUUAUUUCAUAGAUUUUUCGGCUUUGUAGACCCCUUCGAGUCUCCGCAGACUUUAGUGCCUCACUGGGCAUUAAACUUGGCCCAUGCUUCAAGUAUCUCCCUGCCGCCUCUUCGAACCGGGUCGGUGCACACUGUAGCCGGCAAGGAAGGAAUCAUAUACCCGUUUGGCAUCAGAAGCGCUCAGCUGCUUUUGCCGCCUUUGCCGCAAGUUCGCAGGAUGGACGGGUCACAUGUGAACCACCGGCUGAAUUCAAAGGAUGACCUCAGAGGUGAAUUUGCGUGGCUACGGUUCCUUGAAGGCGCAUUGUACCCUUCUCAACUUCGUGGGUCUUCCAACCAGUUUCACACGCGGACUUCGCAUGGAUAA